AUGCAACAGGAUCACAAUUGCAAGCAAGUGACGAAUUUCCACUCCAAUGACAACACUGAGCAAGCUCGACGGCCCCCUGAACGCUGGAAACCGAUAGAAAACCAUAUCCAAGAAUGCAAUCUCAAAUGUUACUCGCAAAGCGACAUUGACAAGAGCCAUAUAGCUGUAGAUGCUGGCGGAUGUGGUAUAAUAUACAAAGCAAUAAUGAAGAUCUCUGGAAAGCAUGUUGCAAUAAAAAAGCUGCGUCGCCGUCCGUACGAGGAUAAGAGUACAGUAAACAAAAUGCUCGCAAAAGAGGUGAAAAACCACCAUAAGUUAACCGGCCAUCCAAAUAUUAUCGAAUUUUUGGGCUUGUAUCGGAUUAAGACGGAAUUUCUGGAAUCAAAUCCGCGCUUCGGCCAUUUGUAUAAUAUCUUGAUAAAUACUCUAAAUUCUGACGACCCUCUCAACUCGCUAUAUGCUGCACUCGAUGAAAUAAGAAAUGAGGAAGCAAACGAAUUGGCAGAAAUCGUAAAAUCAAACUUGCUUUUACGUUGGUUAUACAAAGUAGUGAUAACGGGCGUAGAGUUUCUAGUGAAGGUUCGAACAUCUAUAUUAGCUAUUAGAAAUUUUUGGGGAGCUAUUCGGGGUGUGAGGCCGCGCCCGCCCCUCGUGUGA